GCCGCUGCAGUGCUGCCCUACUGGGUCCCUCUGUCCCUGAGACCUCGAAAGCAGGUCUCAAGGAUGAUGCGGUAUUACGUUCCCAGAACCAUCAGGUCUUGUAGCUGCCCCUGCCACAGCUUUGGGGGCCGCCUUCCGAUGCCCAGGGAUCAGGCCGUGAUGCCCUACUGGGUGCCUCGGGGGCUGAGGUCACAGAAGAAGGCGGAGAAGACGCAGGAGAAUGUUAAAGACACGAACGAAUGCACCCUGGGCUCACACGGCUGGCACGGGUGCUGGCAGAUCUGUGGAGAGGAACAUCUCCUCUUCAAGUGGCAGCGGCUCCAGGCCCUUCAUCAGGAUGAGCUGCUGACCCCUCAGGAGGAUGAGCUACAGGCUGACCACCCGGACCCGGUCCUCCCCAUCAGCUUCAACCUCCUGAGCCUGCUUAAUGCCAUCCUGAGGGUCAUCAUGGCCAUUCGGUGAGCGAGUGGGGAGUGGGACAUCAGUGGACCUGGGUCUGUAGCUCACUUUGGGCGUUUUGACCUUGAAGCACAGCAUAGUAAUGCCCACCCCAAAUCCUGGAACCUCAAGUCCCUGCCAUGUACCCCCUAUUGUCUACAUCCUAAUGAGAAAGACCCUUGAGCCUGUGAAUCCCAUGGUGGAUGGUGGGACUUGUCAGGCUCUUGUAGGAGGUACCCACUGGCAUCAUAGCCUGGCUCUGG